GGAUUGGUCAUUUGGUCGUCGCCAUAGAUUGGUCGAAUACUACCGAAUCAGAGAAACUCGGAAUCUGCGUACAUGAAACGACACCGUUUACAUCAUACAAAGAGAGAGAACAUAUUCCUUCUCCAUCUCCAUCUCUUCGCCAUUCAUUUCCCACAAAUUCCUCUCUCUUCAAUCCCUUCCUCGCCACUUAUUCCUCUUCUUUCCUUUCAAGUAUGAGUUUUGGAGUGUUCAAGUUUGAAAAAAUAGAUAGGAGUUCAAAGGAUCUGUGAGAUUUAACUAGGGAGUUCUGAAGUACCAUGAGAUUUAUCUUUUAAAUCCAACAAACAGAUGGAUCACAAAGAGCAUAUUGCAAUUUUUACUACUGCUAGCCUUCCAUGGUUGACCGGAACAGCAGUGAACCCUCUCUUUCGUGCUGCAUAUCUUUACAAAGAAGGGGACAGGAAUGUCACCUUGGUGAUCCCUUGGUUAUCUUUGAAAGAUCAGAAAAUAGUAUAUCCAAACAAUGUUACAUUUGAGUCUCCCUUAGAACAGGAGAAAUAUAUCCGUAAAUGGCUGGAGGAGAGAAUUGGAUUUGCAUCUGGUUUCAGCAUCAAGUUUUAUCCGGGAAAGUUUUCUAGAGAUAAAAGGAGCAUUCUUGCCGUUGGCGAUAUUUCAGAGAUCAUCCCCGACGAAGACGCUGAUAUUGCUGUUCUAGAGGAGCCUGAGCACCUGACAUGGUAUCACCAUGGGAAAAGAUGGAAAACUAAAUUCAAGCUAGUUGUAGGAAUUAUUCACACAAAUUAUUUAGAAUAUGUAAAGAGAGAGAAGAAUGGACAACUGCAAGCAUUUUUACUGAAAUAUUUAAACAACUGGGUUGUUGGUAUAUAUUGUCACAAGGUAAUCAGACUAUCUGCCGCCACUCAGGAUUACCCUGAUUCCAUCGUCUGUAAUGUUCAUGGAGUUAAUCCAAAAUUCCUUGAGAUUGGCAAGAAAAAAAGAGAGCAACAACAGAGUGGAGACAAUGCUUUUACCAAAGGAGCCUAUUUUAUUGGGAAGAUGAUAUGGAGCAAAGGCUACAAGGAGCUGCUCCAACUUCUUCAGGAUCACCAAAAGGAAUUAGCUGCUCUCGAACUUGAUUUAUUUGGAAGUGGAGAGGACUCUGAUGAAGUUCAAAAAACUGCAGAGAAGCUUGAAAUGACUGUUAGAGUUCAUCCAGGUCGUGAUCACGCUGAUGAUCUAUUUCACGAUUUCAAAUUGUUUCUUAAUCCAAGCACAACAGACGUGGUUUGCACAACAACAGCAGAAGCAUUGGCAAUGGGAAAAAUUGUUGUGUGCGCGGACCAUUGCUCAAAUGAAUUUUUCAAGCAGUUUCCGAAUUGUUGGACGUAUAAUAACCACAAGGAGUUUGUUGAACUCACACUUAAGGCAUUGUCUGAAGAUCCUGCCCAGCCAACUGAUGCUCAGAGACAUGACCUUUCAUGGGAGGCUGCCACAGAACGGUUUCUUAAAGCCAUUGACCUCCACAAGCCAUCUGGGAGAAAACUAUUAUCAAGAAGUACCUCAAAUUAUAUGUCUACUUCGCUAAAUUUGCAACAGACAGUCGAGGAUGCAUCAGCGUAUGUACAUCAUGUAGCUUCUGGGUUUGAGAUAUCACGAAGACUAUUUGGUGCCAUUCCACAUAGCUUGCAACCUGACGAAGAGCUGCGCAAGGAAAUGGGGUUUGCUAAUACCGAUUCGAAAUAAGGUUUAAAAAGAAUUAUGUGAACAGUAGUUAAAAUUCUUUGUUUAUUUUGUUUCUAAAGGUUCAUAAUGGUUUAGCAUCAGACAAAGCUUCUAUUACUGUAAAUGUUGGAGAAUUUGACAAUUUCGCCUUUGUUUGUGGUAAUAAGUUCAACUCCAACCCUAUUUAAAUGAAGUAAGAACUACACUUAACAAAACAUUAAAAAACUGUAGUUGUUGAAUACUUUGAUUACAGACCGGCUCAGCUCAGCUCACCAAUGCAGCUGGUUCAUUGUUUUAUAAUCAGUUUUUAUAUUAAGUUGGCUCACUUUGAGAAUUAAGUUUGUUAAACUAGUUUUUGUUGAUUAAUUUUCUAGUUCUGAUGUUGUGACAGAUGGAUGAAUGGGAAGUUUGAUGUUGUUUGGUUUAA